GCAAAACGCCCGAGCCGGCCAUAAUGUUGCAUUCAGAUAUGUCCGAUGAAUCGGGCUCCUCCGACGUCAAGUGCUUUCAAGAACUACCUGAUGACACAUAUGAAGCCAUCGGAUCGGAGGUCAGCACUAUCCGGAAGAUCAUAAGGCAGCAGCAGGACCUUCCCAUCAAGGUGAUAAAAUACCUGCUUUUCACAAACGUCCCGCCAACAAUUGCGGAAAGACUGUCUUCGAGCGCCACUCGACAAAUGUUCAGUUAUGACACUCAAUCUAUGAUUAUCAAGCUCUUGACAAGUGUCCAUGAGAUAGCUUCACGCGGCCUGUUUUUUGGAGUGCAAAAAGCGGUAUACGAUAUGAGCCUGCAUCGGUCGAUUGAUGCGUUAGGGUCUACACGCAUCCGAGGUGCGUCUUCUUCAAAGCAGGCUGAUGAGUCGUGGGCCCCUGUGCAAUCAGUUCCAGGUCGCGAUGCAAAAUGGCCGACCGUUGCGGUCGAAGUUGGAGUCUCUCAGUCCUAUCAAAAGUUGAAGGCAGAUGCAGAAUGGUGGCUCACGAAUUCAAGGGGAGAUGUGAAGCUUGUGAUCAUCGUGUCCAUCAAUCAAGACGCACCCAGCAUCAAGUUUCAGACUGUCUUUUCCCACGUGGUCAGCUCUGCACGACAUCAGCGGCUUCGCUACGUCCCAACUAUACGGCAGUCCAUCACGACAUCCCGCUGCGGGGCACAGAUUACCACCAGCCCAGAAGUACCCUUGAUAAUCGAGUUUGAGGAAUUGUUUUGUCGCCAACCAGUCCAGCCCGAGCAUAAUAUUGAAAUCUCAUCUGAUCAGUUGAGAGACAUCUCAAGCGACGUCUGGAGGCAUCAGGGUCUAUAAUCUAUCCUUACCUCUGUUAGUUCUCUUAGCUUUUUCAAACAAUGACACU